CGUGUCGCACUCAUACUGACAUCGGACAAACUUCUGGACGGGAAACUCGUUUGCUGGGAUUCGAGCCGGCGCGUCUCGCUGUGGGGCGAUUCCGCAAGGUCAUCCUCAGGCCGUGGCCCUCGCUAAACGCCUGAGUGGGAUUUGUCCGCGGGCCAGUUUGCCGGAAUGUCGGGACGCACGGCGGCGGCGGGCGAGCCGGCCGAGAGCCGCUUCCACGUGGACGUGGUGCGCGAGGACGAGUCGCGGGCCCGCUUCCGGCCGGGCAUAUGCGACCCCGACGACAUCGGGCUCCCGCCGGACGUUUUCCUGGAGCCGGACGGGCCGCGGGGCGACUCGGUCAGCCUGCACUCGACGGGCACGGGGCAGACGCAGGUGUCGGACACGCACUCCAACACGUACUACAUGAGGACCUUCGGACACAACACGGUGGACGCCGUGCCCAACAUCGACUUCUACCGCCACACGGACGCCACGCUGGGCGAGAAGAUGAACAGACCCUCGCUCGCCGAGCUCCACGACCAACUCGACAAGGUCGGUGCCAUAAAAUGCCAUUCGGCGGCGCGUAUUACAACAAAGAUAGAUCUCUCGAU